AUGAACCCAGAAAUGUUUUUAAAGUCAUAUGACUCAUAGUAAUAAGAAACAAAACUAUCCUUCAGUGGUUUAUUUUCAGUCGAUCAAGACUUGAAUGUAAACACUACAAAUGCUCAAUCAGAACUCAUUAAAGAUAAGAGUAUGAUCUUAAAUUUGAGAUCAGACGCGAAUAGUUUAUUUGACUCAGAUGAAGCUUACUGCCAACUAUAUGAACAGUAUCAUGAUUAGUUGUUUGAAAAUCUAUGGUCGCAAAGCAAGUUAAGCUCUAAUCUUUUCUAAUAAGAUCUCAUUUCAGAAAGCAUAUUGAUUUCUGAUUUAUCAGACUUUACAGUUGAUUCCCAAGACAAAACUUAUAAUGAAUACCAAUCACAAGCUUUUGAUGCAAGAAGAUAUAAUAAAUAAAACAAUUAAAGCAAGUAGAUAAUUGAUGAUAAAUCCGUUGCUCAUGAAGAACGUCAACAAAAGCAGUACUCUAAAGAAAGAGAGACAAAAAUAUCUCAAGAAAAAACCAUUAGUGGAAAAACUUCUGCCAAAAAAACAAGCAGGAAAAGUGAUUCGAUCAAGCGAUACGAGUAAAGGAGUGCAAUUAAGAAGCCUUAUAAAGAAAGCAAAAGAAGUUUUUUAACACACCCACCAAAUGUGGAGCAUUUUGCCUCAAAAGAGCUAUAAAAGCUUAAGUAACAACGAGACCGAGCCAGAUUUCAAAAGCGAGAAUGCUAAUGGGAAAUUUUACUUGGGGAAUUCGGAAAAGAUCCGAACUGGUCGACGAAAAGGAUUAAGCAAAUCGCUUAUAGGACCCAACUUUCUGUCACCUAGGUUUACAAAUGGAGAUGGGACCAAAGAUUAAUCUAAGAUUAGAAUUAUGAAAGAGAAAUUGCUAUUAAAUUGAAGCGUCAUGGAAAGCUAUUUGAGAUAGAGAUUGAUCACUCUAAGAGUAAUUGA